GAAGAGCCUAGGGAAACAAGCCUUCCUGUUUUGUCUCUGGCGCUGGGCAUUAAGCUCUCUCUGAACACAGACCAAAACACCCAGAAAGAUUAAAGCUUUGUGAGCACAGAGAGGAGUUCUUGCUCUCUCUGUUCUUGGGUCUCUGUGGUUUUUUGUGAUGGAGAUGAUAUACUACCAGUCUUCUUACCAGGACUCUUUGAAUGUUAUAGAGGCUGAUAUACAGCAUGCCAAUUCUCUAGCUGCUGCAAUUCCAAGAGCUAAGGGUGGUGUUCGAUUUGAAAUGAAAUUGGUUUACAAUCACUGGGCUCCUCUCUUUCUGUUCUUGUUACAGUGGAUUGAUUCCUCAUGCACUUGUCUACUUCCAAGAUAUCUAAAUUUCUUCCAUAUACUUGUCUACAAGGUAUACACAGAUGGCAGGCCCAACAUUUCAAGCCAUGGAAGGAAGGCAACUAUAAGGGAUUUCUAUUCUGUUAUCUUACCCUCUCUUCAGCGGCUUCAUGGAGAUUUUGGGGAAUUAGAUGAUGCUGACAAAGAACAUCCUAGCAUGAAAAUUUCUGGAAAAAAGUUAACUAAAGGAGAUAGCAGUCUUGGCAAUGCAAAGAUAACUAAAGGAGAUGGCACUCUUGGCAAUGCUGAAUUGGAGAGAGAAGAGGAGUGUGGCAUUUGCUUAGAGCCGUGUACCAAAAUGGUCUUGCCUAAUUGCUGUCAUGAAAUGUGCAUCAAAUGUUAUCGAAACUGGAACAGAAAGUCGGAGGCAUGUCCCUUCUGUCGUGGUAAUAUAAAGAGAGUUAAUUCAGAAGACUUAUGGGUGCUCACUUGUAAUGAUGAUGUUGUUGACACUGAAACCGUUUCAAAGGAGGACUUGUUGCGAUUCUACCUCUACAUCAACAGCCUUCCAAAAGAUUAUCCAGAUGCUCUUUUCAUGGUGUAUUAUGAAUACUCUAAUUUGAUUUGAGAAAAAAGAAGAACCGAAUGAAGAGCAGGUGGUGUACAGAAAGAAAAGAGGCUCCUGUCAAAUGUAAAUAGCAUCUGGUAAGGAACUUUUAUUUGAUUCUUACCCAGAAUAACAGUUCUAUGUUGUCCUUUUUUAAGUUUAGAAGUCAAGUGUAAGAUUGUUUCAUCAGUAAUAUCAAAAUUCUCAUUUCAGAAAUUUGGGUUUCAUUAGUAUUCCGUUAGCCAGCACAAAACACUUGUAAAUUAGGGAAUACAAUGUCUAAAUGGCAGCGAUGAGGAACUCCAAGUAGAACUCAUUGUUGUGUGGUUGCAACUCACUUAUGGGUUGGCCUCGUAGAUACUAUUAUGAGUAUUAUCUUCAGCAACUUUUAGGCUUGCUUCAUAAUAUGUAACCUCCAAUUUCGGUUGUUGUAUAUUGUUCGUUCCCUUGAUAAUCAGGAAAUGAAAGGUUGCAGACAGAAUAAUAAUGAGGUGGGUUUU